AUGUGGACUCACCGACUUGGCUAUGGCCAUCCUGGCGGUAUAAAGCCUGAUCCCGGUGGGUUCAAGGUGGCCAGAAGAAACGAGUCUGCCAGGUUAUACGAUGGUGGGACAAGGAUUGUAGAUAUAGGCGCCGAAGAGGACGAGAAUGGCAAAAGAAUUGGAGAAUGGGGUCCGCCUAGCUUUGAAACUUAUCGGAUGGCCCAGCAGACGCAAAACAUGGACAUUGGGUUCGUGCCGCAGUCAAUUGUGCAGGAUUAUAGCUAUCAAAGUUAUGUUGCUACGUCUCCAGCUACGCUAGAUCCCACAAUUGGCCCAAAACUCUGUUUAUUUUCAGACAGUGUAGUUUUUGCCAACGAUAGAUGGUUGAGCUUUUACGGCCAAGAGUGGACUCACUUGGAUAUGGGCAGUUUGGUUACGGGUGUCAGUCCAGGGCUGGCUCGAACAAGGGACUCAGUUUACAGAUUGUCGACCAAUACGGCCCAAGUGGUUUGCCAGAGUGAUUCUAUGGACGCUUGUUUGCAUGGCGAGUUUACAGCUGUUUUGUCGUCGAGAGGCGACGUUCGAAUCUACAAUUUGAACCAAGAACACACAAAUUUCCAUCUGCCCAGGGGCAGCAAACAAGGAUGGGGUCGAAUUGGAUGGACGAACGAGACAACUGUUUUAUGGACCAACCGUAAACAAUGUGCCUUUGUCGACAUAAGGACGCCUUCACCGCGUGACAGUGUUUUGUUCGAGUUUUCAGGCAACCCUGGUGAACUUCUCGAUAUGAGUUUUGUGGGCAAUGAUGCCCUCAUUCUGAACUCUGCCGAACUAGCUUGGGUCGAUACGCGCAUGAAAAGAACCAAGCUAGCAUGGGAACAUUUUUUCAGUCCCGAGGACUACACUUUACGACUCACUGGAUGCAACCAUAAUGACCAGACGUUGGCCCUGAUAACUUCUCAGUUGCAUCCAUUUACCACUAUUUAUACCCUUGGCACCAGCGAGGGAGACGCGGUUUCUACGCGUGACCCGUACGUUAUUGAAACAUGGCCAUACGCAUGCCCUCAAAGUAUUCUUCCGAUAUCGAAAGGGCAAGAAAUCACAAUGUAUAUUGCAGGUGUUCAAGGCCAGCUUUUCGAACAAGUGCUGAGUGCCACGGAAGGCUGUCACGAAAACUACUCGAUAGACCCCGAACCCACUGCUUCGAACCCGCGGGAAGAAUGGAAGCAAAAGCAAGUCGAUUUUGACUUGUCCGUUGCCCCAGACAAUCAGCAUACGCUUGGGUUUGCUAAUUUGUACAAGUAUGUUACCGAGCUUGCCCAACCGGCGCUGCCCCAGCUUGGAUCACCUAAAACAAGCGUUUUAGAGGCACUUGGAUACGAAUCCAUUGACGCAUUUAAAAAGCACAGCUAUAAUAUGUGGAUCUCUCCCCUCGAGGACCAAUCGCUGGCUGGUCCCAGACUAGAAGCUAUUGAGUGGAUAGCCAGCCACGUUGCGAGCUAUGAAACUAAAAAUGUGGACUUGAAAGUCAAGCUCACGCCUGAUAUUAAGGUGUUAAGUGAUGAAUGGGAGGACGAGCCCGAGCAACAAGAAGAAGAAGAGGAGCAGAUGUAUCCUGCCACCCAGCCAGCUCCCUCGUACGGAAUAUCCUCGUCACAGCCUGCUGUGUCGUUCAUGUCACAACCCACGACUGGAAUUUCGCUGUCGCAGCCUGCUCCGGCGCGAAAGCCCAAGAAAAAAACCAAAAAACGCAAACGAACCGAAGGUUUCGCAUAG